UUGUUUUAAUUGGAGAGGGGUACAAUAAAGGGUACAACUGUAAAAUGGGGUAGGUCCCCAAGUAGAAGGGCUGACACCUACUUGAGUGAAUAUCACUAAAUAUAAGUGACUGUGGAUAUUAGAAAACCUUCCAUCUAUAAACUAGACACUUAAAGCAUAUGACUUUCAACCAAAAAUACAAAGAUAAAAGGGUCUGCUUAAAAUAGUAAUUAGUAAUGCAGUAGUGACAUCACUCAUGCUGGUCAAUGCGUUUGAGGGGUACCAGUGUCCUUUAAUCUCUGACUCUAUAGGCUCCUGAGUUGACCAAUCACAUCGUCAGUAGAAUGCCUUGUCACUACAACAGCACCUGGGAUUUUCUCACACUGGCAUUUUCCAACGCAGCCUUUACGAGAUAACAACCGUACUGUAGCCUAACAUUUAAGAAUUCUACAUUGAUCACAUGUGUGAAACAUAUGGAAUACAUCAGCCGAGAACAAUACUUUUAACUCAUAUAUUUUGUAGUUCAGUAAAUAAGUUGUAGUUUUGGAUGAAAAUGAGUUUGCGUGGAGUGGCGUGUUGCCUGCUGAGUUACCUGGUGCUGGUGGAGGCCAUGUUUAUGGACCUGGGAGAACAGGAGGAGAGAUGCAUAAUAGAGGACAUCCCUGAAGGCACGCUGGUGACAGGGUACUUCCUCCUAGAGCCUUGGGAUCUGAAGCAGAGUUCAGGUCUACCUCGAAUGGGUAUGACCACCACGGUGCGAGACCCUGGCAAUGAGGUGUUGAUGACCAAGCGUUACGGGAAACACGGUAAAUUCACCUUCACCUCUCAUGCCAGUGGACAGCACCUGCUCUGCUUCCAAACCAACUCUACCAGCUUCUCUGUCUUUGCCAAGGAAAAGCUUAAACUGCAUUUGGAUGUUCAGAUGGGAGAACAUCCCAUUGAGAGAGGCUCAGAGAAGACCAAGGAAAACCUGCACACUAUGGAGGAGUCUCUGAAUCAUAUGAUUGAUCAGAUGAUGUACAUCACCAGGCAGCAAGACCAACAAAGGGAGAGAGAAGAGGUUUUUCGUCAAAACAGCGAGGACACCAACCGUAGUGUGCUGUGGUGGUCUGUGGUGCAGACAACCAUCCUUCUCUCUGUGGGCUUCUGGCAAAUGAACAGACUCAAAGACUUCUUCAUAGAAAAGAAGCUCAUCUGAUCAAGUCCUUUAAUAUUAUUAGGAUCGCACAUGUUGAUUUUUAUGCUUGAUGAGCAUAAACUGUUGGAAUUAAUAAAUACGAUUUUCUUUUUGCAUUAUAAUGACCUAUUAUUAAAAACAUAUAGGCCUAUCAUUUAUAAUUAACAUUUGUAUGUGAACAAGAAAAAUAUGUAUACAUGUUUGCAUCAUGUUAUAGGGUAAAAACAAUAAAAAUUAUU